GGUAAAGUUAACGUGGAAACAAAAGGGCCAAGUAGCGAAGGAACACCCAAGCUCCACAGUCCACUCCUUAGUUAAUCCUUCAAUUCUCUCUUUUUCUGGAACAAACGACAGAGUUAGAAAGGGAAACAGGAAGACCUCUUCAAUAAUCAAUGUCGCAAUUCGCAUUGUCAGCCACAGCAACGCUUCCUUAUCUAAGCCGAAAUGUAAAGCAGUUGAAUAAGGUUUUUCCCAUUUUUACGGGACGGUAUGCUAUCAAAUCUUCCAUGUAUGGAAAUUCUCAAAGGAAAGGAUUCUCUGUCAUUGCCUCAUCUAAUACAGGAAUGAAUGGGGGUAUUGCUGAAUUGUCUGAAAGUGAGCAAGAUUUGAAGCAUUAUAUGUGGCCAGACAAAAAGAGGCCCAAGGUGUGCAUAGUAGGUGGUGGAUUUGGAGGGUUAUAUACAGCUUUAAGACUAGAGUCUCUUAUAUGGCCUGAUGGAAAAAAACCCCAAGUACUUCUCAUUGAUCAGUCUGAGCGUUUCGUUUUCAAGCCGAUGCUUUAUGAGCUUCUAUCUGGAGAAGUUGAUGAAUGGGAGGUAGCUCCCCGAUUUUUGGAUUUACUGGCCUACACCGAUGUCCAAUUUAUCCAAGACAGGGUCAAACUUCUGCAUCCCUCAUAUGUUCCUGCUAGUAAUGGCCAGAGUUCUUCAUGUGCUGGAACUGUGCAACUCGAAAGUGAUCUUCUUAUUGAAUAUGAUUGGUUGGUUCUUGCUCUGGGGGCUGAACCGAAGCUGGACAAUGUCCCUGGGGCCGUAGAGUAUGCUCUUCCAUUCAACACUUUUGCAGAUGCAUGUAAAGUUAACAAUAAACUAAAAGCAUUAGAGAGGAAGAAUUUUGGCAAGGAACUUCCAAUCCGAGUAGUGGUUGUAGGGUGUGGUUACUCUGGAGUAGAAUUAGCUGCAACAGUAGCGGAAAGAUUAAAGGAUAAAGGAAUUGUGCAAGCAAUUAAUGUGGAAAAUACAAUCUGCCCAUCUGCACCCCCUGGUAACAGGGAAGCUGCUUUCAAAGUGCUCUCUGACAGAAAUGUUCAACUCAUGUUGGGGUAUUUCGUCAAAUCUGUAAAUACAGCUGCAGUGGUUGAGGAACUGGACCAGUUAAUAGACGAUGGAAAUAUCGGCGUGCAGCAUGAUGCAGAAGAACUUAUUGUGGAAGUCCAGCCUGCUGAAAGAGGCCUGCAAAGUCAAAUCUUGAAAGCAGAUUUAGUUUUGUGGACUGUUGGAAAUAAACCUAGCCUUCCCCAAUUGGAACCUUGUGAUAAGCCCCAUAUGCUUCCUCUUAAUAACAGAGGACAAGCUGAAACUGAUGAAACCCUUCGGGUCAAGGGUAACCCACGGAUAUUUGCAUUAGGGGAUUCCUCUGCUUUGAGAGACCCCAAUGGAAGGCUUCUCCCCUCUACUGCACAGGUAGCUUUCCAACAAGCAGAUUUUGCUGGCUGGAAUAUAUGGGCUGCUAUCAACGAUCGUCCUCUACUGCCUUUCAGGUUUCAGAAUCUGGGAGAGAUGAUGACGUUAGGUAGAUAUGAUGCAGCUGUUACCCCUAGCUUCAUUGAUGGGUUAACCUUGGAAGGACCCAUUGGCCAUGCAGCAAGGAAACUGGCAUACCUUACCAGGUUACCGACUGACCAGCACCGGAUUAAAGUGGGACUCAGCUGGUUCACAAAGGAGGCUGUUGAUUCUGUUGCAAUGAUUCAAACUACCUUAACCAAAGUACUUUCAGGAUCAUAAUAUGCAUCUCCUUAAAGAAGUUGGCAAACUGUUUUAUUUUUAAUGUUCGCCUGCUUCGUUUAGUUCACAAAAAAUAGUUGUGUUCUUGCACUUUCUGCAAGGCUUCAAGUUGUUGACUUUUGAUUUUUUAUUAUGCCCCAUAUAAGGAAAUGCAAUUUGAAACACAAAAUAAAAGUUUCGAAAAUUUGUCUAUUAUAUAUUUUCCUUUUACUGUUAUGGGUGUAUUAUGCUAUAAUAUUGUGAUAAAAGACAUAGUUUUUGAUUUGUGCUAAGCUUAUAUUUCCGAUAUCAAUGUAUUUGGACAACAUCAUGGCUUUUUCUCAA